AUUCGAAAAGAACAUAAUUUUAAUAAGUGGAUUCAUCUGAAUAAAGUUAAGGCUCCUCAAGAAGUUAAAUAUUUUAACAAGAUGGAUUCAUCUGAACAAAGUGAAGAAGAAAACCUUAUACAUCAAGUAAUUAAAUUCUAUAUUGUGAAAUUAAACGAAGAAUAUAAAUCAUAUCAAAAAAAUACGAGAUAUCGUCAAAAUGUAUACGUUGCAGAGAUUUUUAUAUCAUUAAUUUCUAUUUUUCUCGGUCAAUUAUUCGGAUUUGCUCAAAAUUCCGAUAUACUGGCGAAAGUUGGAACUCAAUUAACUUCAUUAUUCGGUGGAAUUGGGUUACUAGUAACUAUUGUUACUGCAUAUCUUAACAAUACUGCACAGAAAUAUCUUGAAUCAAGUAGUUCAACUGAACUCGAUGAGAAUACGUUCAAACUCAUGUAUUUACAUAUUGAUGAUAAAGUUAUUAAGGCGUUUAUUGAUGAUUUGAAAAAAUCAAAUACUAAUGUAUCGAAUGCUAAUGGAACGAAUGCUGAUGUAUCAAAUGUUAAUGGAACGAAUGCUAGUGGGACGAAUGCUGAUGGAAUGAAAGGUGGUGAUUUGAUAGAAACAAUAGAUUCAAAGCUUUAUACAAAAAGUAAAGAUAACGAAUUUACUAUGUUUACAGCGCUUGAUUUUUAUAUAAUUCAAUUGAAACGAAGAAACGAUAUUUUAACUAGAGAAAGAAUUUUCGAUACUCAAACCUAUCUAUCUAAGAAUACAGAACAAGCGUUAAGUCUUUCUUUGAUGUAUUUAGGAGGAAUCUGGUGUGGUUUAAUUAUUCUUUCAAAAUCAUACGAUUUUCUUGAAUCUUUGGAAAAUAGAAUUUAUGCUAAAGAUCAAAAAACAUGA